AUGAGCAAAAUUGAAACGAGCUUUCCCUCAGGGACGGAAAGGUACUUUGUGAACGGCUGUACCGCUUUGCUCUGUCCUCACGACCACAUGAUCAUGCACGAUGGAAACAGCAGCGAUAGAGCUAACCUGUUCACCAUCUGGUUGACGUUAUUGCAGUCCUGCUACUGUACUACCUGUCGGAGAACGGUCGGAGUCGGUAGCGGAUCAGGGCUCGGUAGAAGGGGUACCACCCGUUCCAACCUCGUCGCGUGCAGUCUACCGAUGCCCUCGUUGGGGGCACGUAUCCUGCACCACCUGCAAGCAGGCCAUCACCAUUCCCGAAACCGGUUCCCCGAAAGCUUUAUAGUCCAGGAGUACAGUACCAGGCCUCACCCAGCGGCAUGCGCACCGCUUCCGUAUAAACGUCGGCGGCUUGUAGCCGCCAAGAUCACGGCGUUUGAAGCAGCGGAGGGCGCAUCGCGAUCUGAUGGGAGCGUUUCAUCAAGUUCGGGCGGUUUCGAACACGCGCGCGCCUGCAGUAAGCCCGUCGUCAGGGCGCGCAAGCUUCGAAACAUCCCGAGCGAGCUCGAUCCACCUCGAUUUCCCCAUCGCGCCAUCAAAUUUGUCGCACGUUUCGCGAUCCCAUUCCUUGGAGCUGAGAAUCGAGCAAAUGGCCCGGCAUACCCGCCUCGUCACGGUUUUCCAGAGGAUGACGACAUCGUCCAGUUCUAUGUGUCUUCUGCUGUUCUGCCUACAGCGAGGCUGGGUACUAGACUCCACUUCCCGCCACUCUAUGCUUCCGUCACUGGCUGUCGAAAAGUGCAAUCGACAAACCUUAACCCGUACUAUCGGUCGCAUGGACUCGGCAAGGUCCACGUAGCCCUAGCUAAGCUGGCGUGGCCUCAGGCUGAGCGGCGGGGGUGUCGGUUGGACGAAAGGCGGGCUCCAAGGACAAAGACGCUCCAAGAGGGCAGAGGAGGCCAGUCGAUCCAAGGUGUACCGCUGUCUGCGUCAAGCAGGCGGGAACUUUCCGAAAGACUAGCGACACAGUCGGGUUCUCGAGUCAGCGUGCAACGGGUGCAGGGGCGCAGUAUCGAGAUGAUUAGAACGACCGUGGCCCACCUCAAAGCGAGUAAUGGAGGGGGCAAGGUGUCCGCCCAGCUGUAG